AUUGAUAGUGGGUUUGCCCAAUAAUAAAGCUGCAUUUAUUCCUGUUUAAAUAGGCGCUCUGGUGGAGUUAGUGCUGUGAGUAGUGUGGGCCGCAGCGUUUGUGUGGUGUUGGGUUUUCAGUGUAUUAAUCUAAAGGUGCAGUUGGGAGUCAUGGCGAUGCAAGAUGUUCGGCCCAACCACACCAUCUACAUCAACAACCUGAACGAGAAGAUCAAGAAGGAUGAGUUGAAGAAGUCCCUGUACGCAAUCUUCUCUCAGUUCGGGCAGAUCCUGGACAUCCUGGUGUCUCGCUCUCUGAAGAUGAGGGGCCAGGCCUUUGUUAUCUUCAAGGAGGUGAACAGUGCCUCCAACGCCCUGCGCUCCAUGCAGGGCUUCCCCUUCUACGACAAGCCCAUGCGCAUCCAGUAUUCCAAGAUGGACUCUGACAUCAUCGCGAAGGUGAAGGGCACCUUCGUGGAGCGGGACAAGAAGAGGGAGAAGAGGAAGGUGAAGGGUCAGGAGGUGGUGGGAGGGAAGAAGGCUGUGCCUGGAGGUGUGGUACCUGUGGCCAGCGCAGUGCCAGCGCAAGUACCGGGCAUGCCGCCCAUGAACCAGGCUCCCCGCAUGAUGCCGAUGCCAGGGCAGCCUCCCUACAUGCCUCCCCCUGGCAUGAUGCCUCCGCCUGGGAUGGGACCUGGGCAGAUGCCCCCUCAUGGCAUGGCUCCUGGGCAGAUGAUGCCCGGACAGAUGCCAGGACAGAUGCCUCAUCCUCAGCAGGUACCCGAGAACCCACCCAAUCACAUCCUGUUUUUAACCAACCUGCCAGAGGAGACCAACGAGCUCAUGCUGUCGAUGCUCUUCAACCAGUUCCCUGGGUUCAAGGAGGUGCGCCUGGUGCCCGGCCGUCACGACAUCGCCUUCGUGGAGUUUGAUAACGAGGUGCAGGCAGGGGCGGCGCGAGAUGCACUGCAGGGCUUCAAGAUCACGCAGAGCAACGCCAUGAAGAUCUCCUUCGCCAAGAAAUAAGCAGGGCUAGUUCUAGUACAGUUUUAUAUUGUUGUACCUUGUUGUUUUAAGGUGAGGGUACAAGAGGUCUAUUUUAUUUUUCUAUAUGCAUUUCUUUAACUUGAGGCCAGCAUUUUUCCAGCCCCCCCUGUAAUUAGUAAAUAUCGGGUCUUGCUUAACUGUGAUAACUGAGGAUUUAAUACCUUUUUACGGCUUUCCCAUUCUGCUUAACUUGUUUGACCUACAGCACAGGAAGGAACAGGUCUAUUGCUAUCUGGUUCCCCUCCAUGUUCUAAAAGCACAGUUAGAGUUGUCUGUAUCGGCUGUUUCUCCUAGAUGUGUGUUGGAAAGGUAAGCAUGAACAGACUCCUAAACGUGCUAAAGAAAGUCAUUAUUAAAUUGCAUCCUGUUUUGACAAGGGGCUUUCUAGGUACCCUGUCACUAAUGUACUGGGAAGCAGAGGCAGCUUAACCCUUCUCAGUCUAAAUGAUGUAAUAAGUCCCGUAACUUCCUCACUACAUUAGGGGGACCCAGUGAUCCAUUUGCUGGUGCUAAUGAUGUAAGAUUGCUCUUAAAGCUCUGAUUAUCACUCCCCAGUAAAGUCUCGACUGGAAUUCCUGUGCUGGGCUGCUUGUGUGAGUGGGAUGAUGAAGUGUGCUUGGCUGAAAGACUAUACGCUGUACAGUUAUUCUAUAAAGCAUUGCACCCAGAGUCUGCCAGGCAGACACUGUACCUGGAGCUUUCUGUGUAUCCAGCUGUUUUUACAGCUUGGCAAUAAAGUUUUGGGUUUUUUUUUACAUCUGA